AUGCGUGAGGAGACGACACAUCAACACCAAGUCCGCGUCCUGUGGGCUGUUAUUGCCCAAAGCACCUCGUUUCGGCGGGUGCUACAAUCACAUAUGUCCAGCGGGAUGGGCCCUGGCGGCGAAUCGGCCCCAACGGCGGCGGCGGCGAUGACGGCAACGAGGAGGAAGAGGAAGAGGAAGGAGGAGAAGCAGGAGAAGAAGGAGGAGGAGAAGAAGGAGGAGAAGAAGGAGGAGAAGAAGGAGGAGAAGAAGGAGGAGAAGAAGGAGGAGAAGAAGGAGGAGAAGAAGGAGGAGAAGAAGUCGAGGAAGAGGAAGAGGAGAUAUAUGACGAUGGAUCAGACGAAGUCUGGAACCAGUGAUCAAGUAUGA